GUAUAGAUGACGAAACGCACAAUUUCGAAGAAUGGGCGACAUCAAUUAUUUACACUUACAGUUACAGACAAUGAUUUUACCUAAAGUAAAACUAAAUAAUUCUAAUUCAUAAUGAUUGAUCAUAAGAAUUUUGAUAAGAUUAAGGCUGUGGCUAUACUCAAUAGCUUUUACCUUUUAGGGAGCAAUUUGUAAUUUGUAGUAAACUGCCAAUACUAUACUGACUAUACUGUAGACUGUGUAGACUACUUACAACUGACUUACAACUUACUAGUCUGGCUUAGUAAGUUAGUACGGGGCUUAGCUAACUUAGUAGUACUUCUAGCUCUAGAGAGAUAUUAAUAUUGGCCUUGGCGCAUUGGCACUCCACUACUGAGUAGCUUCUAAACUGCUAUUGGUAGUUUACUAUAAAAAAACCCCACUAGCAAUUGGUGAUACAAAUUGAUGUAGUGAAAUAAUUAUUGUUAGCCACAAUUUAUUUUUGAUUACAACACUGAAAUCACUCUAAAAUAUGUAUGUUGCCACACAAAAAAAACAUGAGCUAAUAAAAUUUAUUGUUUGUGUUUAGUAGUGUUUAGUCUUAUAAAUUCACUCCAAUCGGAUUUUCAAGACAUAAUACACUUAUUUUGCUUUCUUUGUAUUUAUUUUAUUUAUGUAUCACUGCUUAUGUUUUCAUCAAGAUUAUGUGCAGUUUAAAGUAUUGAUUCUGCAUAUUCUGCAUAGCAUUAAAAAAUAAAUAGUAAAUAGUGAUUCCUAGACUCAGACAUUAAAGUGAUUAAUUUGUGUUAUAGUUAUAGUUUCACAAUAUAGCCAAAUGAACUUGUUUAAUAAUUGUACAUAAAAAAUAUUGAUGCCUUUAUCAGUUAAUGUAAAUAACACUCAGUAGAAAUUUCUCCCAACAACAGAAAAUCAAAAGCAGGGGGCAGGGGGGUGGUGGUUCAUGUGACCAUGUUCCUAAACAAUGAUUGGCCUCAGCUUAUUUUAUCAUCGUUAAGCCUAAUCACGUUAUUGUAAAGUUUCAUUUAGCUCAAGUAACAAUAUUUUGUUUUUAAUAUGCACACUUUGUAUGCAGUAAAACUUCUUAUUGUAAUUAUUUAGGCCUGUAUUUUAAUUUCAUAAUAAUUAGCACACACAUAAUGUUUACAGCUGGAUUUUACUUUUACUGCACAUCUUACUUUGGCCUUGGUAAAGAAGAAGCUGGGUAACAUUUUUUCAGACUAUGAUCUCCCCCCCCCCCCUGUAAUACAUCUAUCUAAGAUCUAUAUUAGGUCUAUAUUAUAAAUUAUAUAGCAAUAUAGCCAAAUCUGAGCGUGGGGAAGGCUACAGCUGAUAGUGUUAAAACUUUAAAACAGUACUAUAGAUUUUAUAAUUAGUGCCGAGUUGUUGUCACUAAAACUAAAACAAACUAGUAAUAAAUGAACGGGGCAAUACUUCACCAGCCUUGAUGGAAGCAGAUUUUCAAAGCUAAGAUUUUGGUUUGAUUUGAUUGCUAGACUACCAAUAGCUCUCUAGAAGCUAUUGGUGGUUUAAUACAAAUAGCUCCCUGCCCUAACUAGAAGCUUUCGGUAGUAAACUACCAAUAGACACUUUCUAAGAUUAAUGAGACACAAACAAUUUUUAAAAUAUCGGCAGGUUAAGCUUAUUCCUUCAUAGGCGGCGAAAGGACCGGGUGUUAACCUUCCCGUUUGAUGUCCAUGCCGCACGCCAUAAUUCAAUCGAAGUGGCUAUUUGCCCGGGUAUUAGAAGGGAGAGGUUGGGAUUAAAAAAUAUUAAAAAUAUUAUUGUUGGGUUUGUAAGACAAAAUUUGGUAUCAAAUGAAAGAUAAUUGAAUGGACUAUAUGUUUGUUAACUUACUUCUUCUGUUUAACUAAAAUAAACUACCAAAAAUUGUGACAAAUGACAUCCGAAUAGCAUUUAGUCUAAAGUAAAGGGACCCGGGUACGAAUAGUGGAAAAUAAUUGGAAAUGGUCUGCCACCUAGUUUUUAAUUCCCAGAUAUGUUAUUAGUACUCCGGCUGAGGCUGGGUGGCCCCAGUUUUUGCCAGGGCGUCUGCUUUUUUUUUGGCACUGACAUUGACGAGCCAUGGAAUCCACGGUCCACUGCACUGUUACCUUUCCUUCUAAUCUACCUAUCUUGCCCACAUCAUCCAUGAUGGCACCAAAUAAGUGCAUGGUACCUGCCCUCCUACCCAUGAUUUCAAGAGCAGACCUUGAGUUGGAGUAGACUACCACGUCAUGUCCCACAAGCUCCCACCUCUGCAGAGUGUGGUACACACUUUCCAGGGCCCUGUGUAUAGCCUCCAGCUCUGCAUCGAAAUUCAAUGCUUCAGUCCCACAGGGCCUUGAAAGUUCCUGGUUUGGUGGCCCUCCAAUUGGGUAUAGAAUGAGCGCACCAUACCCCGAAUUUCUUUCUCUCAUGUUGAAUGAUGUUGGGAGAGCCAUCCAUGAAAACUUUCACAUGGGUAUUCACAUACCCAUGCAUGGUCUCCAAGGCAGCUGCUUUCUGUACGUGUUCAGGGGUGUGUUUCGUCACUGCCGUGUCUGUCAAGGCCAAAUACAUCUAGCUUUUUGGGCAAACUACUCCAUAAAUGUGAGAGAGCAUUAAGCCAUGGUAGUUUCUUAGGCCCUUAGGGAUGCAUUUUAAUUUGUAAUUUAAUCAAUACAUCACUAAUCUUGGUUGUACUUAGUAACACUUAGUAACUGUACUUGAAGCAUUUUACAAUAGGUUAAUUUAAAUAUCUAAUGUUUAAUUUAUUCUGUGCAUUACAGAUUAUGAGCCAACUGGCAUAAGAAGAGUCUUCAUGAUCUAUUCAUGAAUUGCUAUGAAUCAAUUGCGUUCAUGGCUUUACGGGCAUGAGUCUCAUAAAUUAGAGAACUCCAAUGAUAAGCCAUUAUUGUCAGUGGAAGUAAGUGUCCUCCAUUGCGGGCCCCCCAAUCUUUUCAUUAAAAUGGGCUUUAAAAAUGUUUUAUAAAAUCAUUAAUUUAUAAGUAUUGCUAUGCAUGAUGCAUAUGCAAUUUUAUUUGCAUAAAUUUCAACAAAGAUAUUGUAGAAAAAAAUUAUACUGGUUAAAUUAAUUAAAAAUAUAAAUUUUAAAUUUAUGAAUAUAUUAUUUUUCUCAAGGACAUUCAAACAGCAAAAACAGAUUCAAUAUUGCGGAAGACUUUGUUGAGAUUCAUUCCUCUUGCUCCUGGUGACUGUCUAGAAUGCAAGCUAGUUGGCACUGGAGUGAUGAUGCUUAGCGGGCUUAUUGUUCUAACAUCCGCUUUGCAAUCAAGAAAGAGGUGUGUAGUAAGUGUAAUGUGGUUUCUUAAAGCAGUGGCAUAAUUAAACAGAGACCAUGCAAUAGAAACUGUAUUUAUUAAUCGAAUGGCAAGCGAAUUUAUUUAACAUAUAUUUUCAAAAGUUUUGUAAUUUAAAUUACCGUAGUUGUAUAGUUUGUUUAAAAAAUUUUUUUUAAUGGGUAAUAAAACUUAUCGGUAGCAAAAAGUUAGUUCCUACAUGAGUCUAUUCAUGUUUAGUGUUAUUUAGUUCAAUAUUUAGCUUAGUAUAUAGCAGAUAAGUGUAAAAUCAUUUCAGGAACUUUUCUUAGAGCUUAUUGAUGCCCCUUGGAAGGGUUUUGAUGCAACUCGCAAAGUAAUAUACUGCAUCAGUUCAUUAUUUAAGGAAAAAAUUAAUUACUUAUAAAAAAAAAAACUUAUAUGUUUAAAUUUAAGUUUGUUGCUUCAAAACUAUAGAAUAUUGUACGUUUGAUGUUUGUACAUUGGGGACGUGUUGAGUUAUUUAAAACAACGUAUGAACAAAUAAAAUAUGCUGUUACAUGCACAGAAAAAAUGAUUAUGAGAUGACGAAAAUAUAUUCAAUUAUUUAUUACUGGUAUUUUCUUUCUCAUCCUUUAUACUUUAGCAGAUUUUUCUUUGACAUCUUUAUAACCAGAUGUCCAUGAAUGUCUUGGACAUCUUCAUAACCAGAUGUCCAUGAGUGUUUUUUUUAAAGGUUACACAAUAUGUGUUUAUUGAGUUGAAGGAAAAUAACCCAUUAAAAAAUGUAUGUUUUUCAGUAACCCAAAAGUAAUUGUAAGAAAUGGUGCUUUGUAUUACACAUUGUGUGGAGGCUUAUUUCUUGGUAAGCAUAGAUUGAUAUAA